AUGGAUAGGGAUAGAAAAAAAAGAGUAGAAGAAAUGAGAAUACAAAGAGAACAACCAAGAAUGAAGGAAAAAUUGUUUCAAGUACGGUUGCUGAUGCUUCUGUGUUUUCAACACUUGAGCAAUUUAUUUCCGAGUGGAUCUUAUCUCUGUUUUCCCAUGAAUUCACAUCACAAAAAAGCGGUGUCGUCGCCUCCCGCCCAUACCGGUUACGAGGGAUUCAGGCAAAGUCUAUUUUUGUAUGAGCUUAUAAGACGCUUUUUGUCAUCAGAUGAGAAAAAUCACCCUCCAGUUGGUUGA